AUGAUGCAAUUUAUGUUACUGUUUAGUAGGCAGGGAAAGUUGCGUUUACAGAAGUGGUAUGUAGCAUAUCAGGAAAAGAUGAAAAAAAAAAUCACUCGAGAAUUGAUCACUACAAUUCUAGCUCGAAAACCCAAAAUGUGUGCAUUUUUGGAGUAUAAGGAUCUUAAAAUUGUUUAUAAACGGUACGCUUCUCUUUAUUUUUGUUGUGCAGUCGAACAAACAGAUAAUGAAUUAUUAUGCUUAGAAAUUAUACAUCGGUUUGUUGAACUACUGGACAAAUAUUUUGGCAGUGUUUGUGAAUUAGAUAUUAUUUUCAAUUUCGAAAAGGCAUAUUUCAUAUUAGAUGAAUUCCUCCUAGCGGGUGAAAUACAAGAGACUAGCAAAAAACAAGUAUUGAAGGCAAUUGCAGCACAAGAUCUUAUACAGGAGAAUUAG